AUGAAUGAAAACGAUAAAAAUUAUUUUAAUCAUGAUGACUAUUGGAGAGAAUUAUCACUUGAAGUCGCUUUGCCUCCAUUACCUUCAUCCGAUGACACCAAAUUUAGUUGCUACCUAGGAUUAUUUUCUUCAUCAUCCAACAAGGAUAAUAAAACAAAUAAUCAACAACGAAGACACUCAAUUUCUGUAACAGCUGCGAAUGAUACUGAUUCUUCUAGUGAUAGUAGUAGUUAUGAUGAUUUUCUUAGUGAUUAUAAUAGCGAUGGUGGCGAUGUGAAUGUAAAAAUUGUUGAUUUUCAAGGACGACGUGACAGUGGAUUUUUUGAGAAUGAUGAAGAGUAUUAUUAUCCAAUCAAUCACAAAAAUAUUUCAUAA